AUGCCGCGAUUACUAGAAAGCGAAAUAACAAAGUAUUUAGAAACUCUUGAAGAUUCAGAAGAUGGCUUAGACGGCUCGGACUCCGAAGUAGAGGAUGAAGGUCACUAUUAUCAAACAGCUCGAGAUGUUCUUCGGGACCUUGAAAAUAGUGAUGAAGGUGAGAAUGCCCAGUCUGAUGAAGUGGAUGCUGAUCCUCCUCUCGUAAUUGACAACGAUCAAAAUAUGCCAGACCCUCCUAUUUUGGAAGCCGGAGAAGCAGUACCCCAGAAUCAUCCAGACUAUGACAGGCUAUUCAAAAUAAGACCUCUUGAGGAAAUGCUCAACUGCCAGUUUGGAAAGGUUCCCUUAGACCAAAGGCUUUCCAUAGACGAGCAGAUGUGUGCAACCAAAAUGAGCCAUUACAUAAAACAAUACAUGCCCAAUAAACCCCACAAGUGGGGGUUCAAAUUAUAUCUCAUCUGCAGUCUACAAGGAUAUGCUCAUAGAUUUGAGGUUUACAGUGGAGGGGGCUCCAAAAAUAACAUCUUACCUGGUGAGCCAGAUUUGGGAGAGUCUGGAAAUACAGUCGUCAGGUUAGCUAGAAUGGUACCACGCAAUGUGAAUCACAUUAUAUACUUCGACAACUUCUAUACUUCUGUGCCUCUCGUCACCUAUUUAGCUAAGGAAGGAAUUUUCUCACUGGGAACAGUAAGAGUAAACCGAUUGAGAAACUGCAAAUUGCCUGACAAAAACACUAUAAUGAAAAAGAACGUACCCAGAGGAUUCUAUGAGGAAAACGUGGCGACUGUGGAUGAUAUUGACGUAAGUGCUGUUGUGUGGAAAGAUAACAAGCCCGUUAACCUUCUUUCCACUUACGUAGGAGCAGAACCAGCAAUCACAGUCACGCGCUUUGAUAAAUCGAAGAAAGAGAGAGUUGCUAUUCCAUGCCCCAAAGUCAUCAAGGAGUACAAUGCUCACAUGGGGGGCGUGGACUUAUUAGAUUCAUUUAUAGGUCGUUAUCACAUCACAAUGAAGAGCCGCAAGUGGACCAUGCGCUUAUUUUAUCAUUUCCUGGACCUCGCAGUUAUAAAUUCAUGGGUUAUGUUCAAGAAGGCUGACAAUUUAAUGCCCAUCGCUGCAAACGACUAG